AUGGCCGACAAGUCAUCUCAAAACAGCGCUGUCAAGGCGUCCGUAUCCGAAGAGGCAACGAAGAAAGCGGGUGUUUCGGAAAACACAACUCAGACCAAAACAGACUCGGCCGACGAAAAUACCAAGAAAACGGAGGAUGCCGCCGCCGAUGCGGGCUCCACCGCUUCCCAGUCUCGGCCGACUAAGCAUCUACCUACGCACUUCAGAGGCAUGCCGCGACAAUGGGAGAAGAACCAAGUUGAAAAGAAGGAUACCUAA